AUGGACCUGAAGUCAAACCAUAUUUCUCCUGUUCUCACUGAUCCUGCGCCUUUAGGCAAGUCAAGACUUGGUGUACAUUCCAGUCUGUUAUCAUAUUCACCUCCUGGAACAGCUUUUCCAGCAGACCUUCUCUUAACCAUCCCUAGGAGGAAGAAUGCAUUUCUUGAUGAUGUUCGCUCUAGCUCUUGGCUUGAUGCUAUGAAAUCUUCAUCACCUCCUCACAGAAAGAUAACUAAGGAUGUUAACAAUGACUCUGCAGCAACUGAGUAUGAUAUUGCCUAUCGCACAUGGAUGGUUAAGUAUCCGUCAGCUCUUACAUCCUUUGAGCAAAUCUCUAAUUACGCCAAGGGAAAGAGAAUAGCAUUGUUUCUCGAUUAUGAUGGGACUCUUUCGCCAAUUGUAGAUAACCCUGACUGUGCCUUUAUGUCUGAUGCUAUGCGAAUGGCAGUAAAAAGAGUGGCAAAACAUUUCCCAACAGCAAUAAUUAGUGGAAGAAGCCAUGACAAGGUGUAUGAGUUUGUUGGACUAAAUGAACUAUACUAUGCGGGUAGUCAUGGGAUGGACAUAAUGGCCCCUGUUCUACAAUCAGUAGUUGGUGACCAUAGACAUGGCUUUAGGUCUACUGACAAACAGGGCAACGAUGUUAAUGUGUUCCAGCCCGCUGCAGAGUUUUUACCUAUGAUUGGCGAGGUUCUUAAAUCCCUAGAAGAAAGUACCAAAGACAUUGAAGGAUCUAAAGUUGAGAAUAACAAGUUCUGCGUCUCUGUACACUACCGCAAUGUAGAUGAGAAGAAUUGGGCUGUAGUUGCACAGCGGGUUCACGACAUUCUUAAAAACUACCCACGCCUGCGUUUGACUCAUGGACGGAAGGUUUUAGAGGUCCGACCAGUGAUAAAUUGGGAUAAAGGGAAGGCAGUCACAUUUUUACUUGAAUCUCUAGGGCUAAGCAAUUGUGACAAUGUGCUCCCAAUAUAUAUUGGAGACGACCGCACAGAUGAAGACGCAUUCAAGGUUCUGAGGGAAGGAAACAAAGGUUAUGGUAUUUUAGUCUCUGCGGUGCCAAAGGAAAGCAAUGCGUAUUACUCACUAAGGGACCCCUCAGAGGUAAUGGAGUUUCUCAAGUCACUGGUGCUAUGGAGGAAGUCAAGUGCUCUAUAA